CACGGAUUAACCAAUAAAAAUGAUUGCUAAGAUUUUAUAUUUAUCAGCUUUCCUAGCCGUUUCUCAAGCUGGCUAUCUUCUUGGUGGACACGAAGGUGGUCAAGGCUUCGGAUAUGGAGGUCUAUCAUAUGCAGGUGGUCACACUGUCGCUAUUGCCAAAGAACCAGUAGUAGAAUAUUAUGCACCUCCAAAAUACGACUACAAAUAUGGAGUUCAAGAUUAUCACACUGGCGACGUUAAAAACCAAGAGGAAUUUAGAGUGGGCGAUCUUACCCACAGCGAUUAUUCCGUUUCUGAAAAAGACAGGAAGAUACAAGUAUCCAGAGUAGUUUCAGGUGCUGUGCCAAUCCAUGGAAAAGGAUGGUAG